AUGAGGCUAGUUGAGGCUGAGAGCACAAAGAUCAAGACGACAUCGCCCAUGCGAUACUCCGUCAGACCUCAUUGCGGUUCCCUCGCCCGUCACGAGGAGAGGGUCAAGGCUGCUGUUACAAUCAAACUUCAUUUCCGUCUGACGGCUUCGACCUUGAAACUCGGAGACAAAUUUCUUCUGCAAACGACUUCGGAUGUACCCGAAGAGGAAGAUGUGGACGUGAAGAAAAUUUUCGCUUCUCUCGCUCGAGACAAAAUCACAGAGAAGAAAAUUUCAUGCAAGAUCAAGAUGACCAGCGAUGUUGAGCUAGAGGGCGGAGAGGAUGCGAACAUGGACGAGCAUCCACAAACGGUUCGCAUGAGACAUCAGAGUCUGCAGCGGGAGUACGAGGAGGAGAUGGCGAGAAACAGAGGUAGACUGAGAGCCAUCGAAGAGAUGCAGAAGAACUUGGAGGAGAUGAGGAGGAGCGUGGAGGAAAGGUCAUCAAGCAAGGACGAGAGACUGGCGCAACCGCAAUCAGAGCGGCAGUCCACAGUGACUCUUCACUUGUUUGUCUUUGCCAUGGGCCUUUCUUCGUCCUUGUGGCUGCUCAACAUGGGAGAUCGCUUUCUUUUUCCUCUUGCGCAAUGA